AUGACACCAGCGCCUUCGACGCAGAAGCCUCCCGUCGAUGACGACCUCUAUGGUGAUUUGGGGGGAGAGCAGGCGAAGAGACAGAAGACUGGCUCCGCCUAUGCAAGUGCGAUGACGGCGAUGAUGACGGGCGACUUUGAUGACGACGACUGA